AUGACCAUCGCGACAAGCGCGACCGUGACCGGCGGCGCCGCCGUCCUAGCACCAGCUCGGAGUCGCGAAAGGUCAGCCAGUGCAAAGGUAGGUUUGGAGCUUAAUUCCUCAUAUCUUUCCACACUGGUUUCGAUAUCUGCAGAUACUACUCGACCUUGGGAACACGUUGUGAUGCUUACGGAGGAGAUUAAGAAGGGCACCGGUUCCGUCCCUGACGUCGAGGUUACCAUCUGGUAA